AAAGCCUACCCAACCCAAUCCCGCCCAUACAAUCCCCCUUCCACACAUAAUAAUAAUAACCUCAAUUUCAUCACAUCCUGUACAAACUUCAUCCGAAAUGACCUCCCUCCUCCGUUCCAUGCUCACCAGGCCGGCCUUUAAACCAACCUAUACCGCAAGAGCAGUAGUUCGCAGAAGGAACUUUACCGUGGGAAAUUAUUUCUGUUCGUCACAGCCCAGUCCCAAAAUCUUGCCGUUCUGACAGAGUAAAAUCGAGGAAGUAGGAGAAAGAGAAAGUUGGGCUAAUUGGAAAUGUGACAGUGACCAGGAAAUACACCCAGGACCAUGAAUGGGUCCUUCUGCCCGACUCUAACAGGAACAUUGACUGACACAGAACUACCAGCUACCGUUGGCAUCACCGAUUACGCCCAAACUGCCCUUGGCGAUGUUGUAUACGUCGAGCUCCCGGUUGAGGGUGACGGGGUGGAGGCAGGGGACGCCAUUGGCGCUAUCGAGUCUGUCAAGAGCGCAUCCGACAUUUUCUCGCCCGUGUCCGGCACCGUUGUUGAGGCUAACGCUGAGCUCGUGAGAAAUCCCGGGUUGAUCAACGGUGGUGGUGCCGAGGACGAUGGGUGGAUUUGCAAGAUUGAAGUUAAAGACUCAAAGGAGAUUGAGACACUCAUGGACAAGGCGGGCUAUGAUGCAUAUGUUAAAGGAUUGGGACAUUAGGUAUUGUCUGUCGGAUCGCCAAUACACCCGGGAAUUCUUUUCAUUUCUUCACUUUCAGACUCUUUUCAUCUACUUCCUUGGCUGGGCGGGAAAGUAGUUUACUCCUAAGUUCAGCUUUUUUUUUUUUUUACCUGUUAUGUGCGUAUUUGCGGAAGGCUAGCAUUUUUCCCUUUUGUUU